CGCGACUCCCCCUCUGCACCGAUCAUCCCUUAUCGUGCGUCGAGGGGGGCAAACAAGCCGCUGUCGGCAGAAAGGAGAGCGGCACUUGCCAGGAAAGUUUUCUCGUUGACUGUGUGCCAAGCGGCGGUCAUCAGAGUCUUGCGAGCACUCCCACAAGUCAGUCCGAAGAGCGUAGACGCAAAACGGCACUGCAGUUUCACACAAAACAAGUUACAGUGGCCAAGAAAUGAACAAGGGCAAAGUCGGCAUUAUCGGCAGCGGCCUGAUCGGCCGAAGCUGGGCAAUGCUGUUCGCCGGCGCCGGCUACACGGUGGACCUCUUUGAUGUAGACGACAAGAAAGUGGACGAGGCACUCAGCGACAUCGAGGCUCAACUUGUAAACCUCGAAAAGAAGGGCCUUCUACGCGGGACCCUCACCUCGAAAGAACAACACCAGCUUAUCAAGAAGUGCUCUACCAUGGCCGAGUGUCUCAAAAGCGCAAUUCAUGUGCAGGAAUGCGUCUUUGAAAAUGUAGAGCUCAAACAAAAAGUUUUUCUGGAAAUGGACAAACUUGUGGACGAUCGCACAGUACUCUGCAGCUCAACAAGCUGUUUUCCACCAUCAGCAUUCACCAAGGAGAUGAAGCACAGAAGCCAGGCCAUCGUUGGCCAUCCGGUGAAUCCACCUUACUAUGUCCCACUGGUUGAAAUAGUGCCUGCUCCUUGGACCAGUCCAGAUGUUGCCAUCAGAACAAGAGCCCUUAUGAAGGAGAUAGGCCAGAAGCCAGUGCUGCUGAAGAAAGAAGUGGAAGGUUUCGUGCUGAAUCGGAUUCAGUAUGCAAUUCUAAAUGAGUGCUGGAGACUCAUACAGGAUGGCGUGGUUGACACAGCUGAUAUGGACACUGUGAUGUCUGAAGGACUUGGCAUGCGGUAUGCCUUCCUUGGGCCUCUGGAGACUGCACAUUUAAAUGCUGAGGGGAUGUUGGAGUAUGCCGACAAGUACGCCAAGGGCAUAGUGAAAGUGUCCAAGACCUUUGGUCCAGUGCCCACUUACGACGGCCCCACCCUCGCCAAAGUGAAUGCAGAGCUACUUCAGAAAGUGCCCCUCAAGGAUCUCCAGAAGAGACGCCAGUGGAGGGACACAAAGCUGGCUGAACUCGCUAAGCUCAAGAAGCAGCCCUGAACAAUUCGUGCAAAAGCUAGUGUGGCGUUACAUACAGCGCACAUUUGUUAGAAAUAGUUCAAAGGUAAAUAAAUCAAAUGUUUCUCAGUGAA